ACAGGUAAGUCAUCAGCACACAGAGGUUUAAGUAGCCCACAUUUUAGAGGAAAACAGGUUUUUUAUCUGCAGUAUAACUACCUACUGUGGUACAGCCUGAAGAACUGGAUGCAGUUUACAAAAACACACAAUUUUUAUUAUUGCAGAUUAUUCUUGAGGAAAAGCUUCAACUGACACAACAUGGCUCGACUAACAAUCCUGACUGGACUGUCCCUUUUGAUGUGCCUUCAAAUAGUGUCUUCUACCAGACUGGUGUGCUACUUCACCAACUGGUCCCAGUACAGACCAGGCGCUGGCAGAUAUCUGCCUGACAAUGUAGACCCACACCUAUGUACACACCUGAUAUACGCCUUCUCAGUAAUCAACCCCUCUAAUGAGCUUGUAACCUAUGAGUGGAAUGAUGAUGUUCUCUAUAAAUCCUUCAAUCAACUCAAGAGCAGAAACCCCCAGCUGAAGACUCUGUUGGCUGUCGGCGGGUGGAACUUUGGAACGACACAAUUUACCAUCAUGGUUUCAUCUGCUGCCAACCGCCAGAAGUUCAUCCAGUCCUCAAUCAGAUUCUUGAGGCUGCAUGGCUUUGAUGGUCUUGACCUGGACUGGGAGUAUCCUGGAUCACGAGGAAGCCCACCAGAGGACAAGAUGAGGUUCACUGUGCUUUGUCAGGAAUUAAUGGCUGCCUUUGAAAAAGAAGCCAUUGAUACCAGAAAGCCACGUUUGAUGCUCACAGCUGCAGUGGCUGCUGGGAAAGGAAACAUUGACAACGGUUAUGAGAUCGCUGAAGUGUCAAAGUUCCUAGACUUUAUAAAUGUCAUGUCCUAUGACUUCCACGGAGCAUGGGAACCGUUCACCGGUCACAACAGCCCUCUGUACCGCAGCUCUUUCGAUCAGGGCGAGAACAUCUACUACAAUGUGGAUUUUGCUAUGAAAUACUGGAGAGACCAAGGAGCCCCUCUUGACAAGCUCAUGAUGGGAUUUGCCACGUAUGGACGCACAUUUCGCACAUCUUCAGCAGCUAUCGGUGUUGGAGCACCUGCCAGUGGACCAGCCUCAGCUGGGCCCUACACCCGUGAAGCUGGGUUUUGGUCCUACUAUGAGAUUUGCACUUUCCUCCAAGGAGGAAGAGUCCAUUGGAUUGAUGAGCAAAUGGUGCCAUAUGCCACUAAAGGCAAUGAGUGGGUCGGGUUUGAUAACAGGCAGAGUUUUGACAUCAAGGCCAAAUAUCUGAAAGAUAACAAGUUUGGAGGAGCUUUCAUCUGGGCCCUGGAUCUGGAUGAUUUCGCUGGACAGUACUGUGGACAGGGAAACUACCCUCUCAUUAGUCACCUGCGCUCUCUUCUGGAUUCAGAUAUUCCACCUCCCCCUCCUGUAACCACACAUCCACCAGUCAUCACCACUAACGGCCCUGGCCCAGCCAGCAGCACGACUACUACUGCUGCUGCUGAUCCAAUUACAACUACCACUGCCAAAACCACCACCACAACUGUUGCUUCUGACUGAAGUUCAAAGAAGCACAAAAUGUCUGAUGCUGGAUCAUCAGACCUCAAUGCCACUUAGCAUCUCUGAGAACAUUAGAAUAUAACGUUAAUAUAACACAUAUAUACAUAUAUAAGACAAUGUCUGGGAUACUCCAAGAAUACUGUUGAUUGAGAAACUUUGAAGAAAUUGAUGCCAGAUUAAGUGCAAACUGAGACCGAUGUAAAUGACAAAUAUUGAGAAAUUACCAGUGACACAAAGAGUUUUUGGUGACUGUAUCGAUUAUAAAACAUCACUCACCUGUUGUUUCUGCAGCUGUCCAGAAAGAUUUCUUAAAAUUACCAAAUAUGUUUUCUUUGUGAGGUCAAAGAUCUUUCACCAGCUUCUGUUAUUUGUAUAUAUGAAGCAACAGCCUCAUCUCCUACGCUCUGGGUUAAUGAUUGUCAUGGUUUGUGUAUAUUUUCAUUAGCAAGGGGAAGCUAAUCAGUGCUCUGUUUUUGACUCAUCCAAGCACAAUCAC